AUGACGAAAAAGACUUCUUCCAGGUGGAAGUCGCAUUUUAAUCCUUCCAAACUAUUCUUCUACUUCAUUUUUUACGGGAUUCAGAUAGGCUUCUUUGCCUAUGGAUGGUGGAAACAAGUUACCGAUCAAAGACUGGCGGCCCUCAACACACUCACUUUCUCAGUAUGGAUGUCUCGGGGUGCUGGGUUUGUUCUUUCGAUAGAUACAGCCCUUAUUCUUUUCCCCAUGUGCAGAACGCUGCUCAGAUACGUCAGACCGAAGGUGAAAUGGCUUCCUCUCGAUGAAGCCCAAUGGUUCCAUCGGCAGAUUGCAUACUCCCUGCUCAUCUUCAGUGUGAUACAUGUUGUAGCACAUUACGUCAACUUUUUCAACAUCGAGCGGAACCAGACACGUCCGGAAGCAGCUGUUCAAAUUCAUUAUACCCAAGCUGCUGGAAUCACCGGCCACGUAAUGCUUCUCUGUAUGCUGUUAAUGUAUACCACGUCGCAUCACAGAAUCAGGCAGCAGUCGUACGAGACUUUCUGGUACACGCAUCACCUUUUCAUCCCGUUCCUGCUGGCUUUAUACACACAUGCCACUGGAUGCUUUGUGCGAGACACACCCGACCCCAUCUCUCCAUUUGCAGGUAAGAGAUUCUGGGAUCAUUGUAUUGGUUAUGAGGGAUGGAGAUGGGAACUUUGGGGCGGUGGCCUCUACCUCAUUGAAAGACUCUAUCGAGAGAUCCGAGCUGCGAGGGAUACUGAAAUUGUCAAGGUUGUUCGACAUCCAUACGAUGCCAUGGAAAUCCAAUUCCGUAAGCCCAGCUUGCGGUACAAGCCUGGACAGUGGCUCUUCCUUCAAGUACCAGAUGUCUCUCGAACGCAGUGGCAUCCAUUCACCAUCACAUCGUGCCCUCAUGAUCCCUACAUAAGCAUCCACAUCAGACAGGUAGGAGAUUUCACCCGUGAACUCGGUAAUCGGCUUGGUUGCGGUCCUGAGCAAGCGAAAGACAUCGACGGCCUCGAUCCUCUCGGCAUGUACGAGAUUGCCAUGCAGAAUGGCCAGACCAUGCCGCAAAUCCGCAUCGAUGGCCCCUACGGAGCUCCUGCAGAAGACGUGUUCAGCAAUGAUGUUGCCAUCCUCAUCGGCACAGGCAUCGGAGUUACCCCCUGGGCAUCCAUCUUAAAGGAUAUCUGGCACUACCGGGCCGGACCUAACCCUCCAACCCGUCUCCGUCGAGUUGAAUUCAUCUGGAUUUGCAAAGAUACCAGCUCAUUUGAAUGGUUCCAAGCUCUCCUCUCCUCCCUGGAAGCUCAAUCCGCAGAAGAAGCUCGUUCAGGCCAGGAAUUCCUUCGCAUACACACUUACCUUACUCAACGGUUCGACCAAGACACAGCUGCCAACAUCUACCUCAACUCCGUAGGUCAGGAACUUGAUCCUCUUACAGAACUAAGAACAGGCACCAAAUUCGGUCGUCCGGACUUUGCUCGGUUCUUCCGUGCGUUGCGUGCCAGUAUUAUGGAUCGUACAUACAUGUCCAACCUUGAGGCAACGCGUCGGGCUGAUGUUGGAGUCUACUUCUGCGGUCCGAACCAGGCGGCCAAGCAGGUUAAAAAGGCAGCGAAGGAAUGUACAAGCAAAGAAGUCAAGUUCAAGUUCUGGAAAGAACACUUCUAG